AUGAUGGAUUGAAAAAGUAUUGCAAAGAGACGAGAGUACAGCAAAUACUCUCUCUCACACACUCACACACACGCACUAAUAGAUCAUCCGAUAUCGGAGGAAAUUCAAUUCAAUCCUCCAAUACUGUAAUUGAAUUGAUUCAAUCAAAUGGACAUAUGGCAGAAAGCAAAGAAUCUGGCUGAAGAAGCCGCGAAAAGGACUCAAACCCUUACUACAUCCACUAGAAUCGCCGAUAUCGUCUCCGAGACGGCGAAACGAUCCAAGGAGUUCGCCGCCGAGGCAAAAGCUGUUGCUGACCACCGCAUUAAGUCCCUUACUGAUCAGAUCCCUUCCAUUACUCUUCUCAAUGCAUCAUCUCCUUUCUCCGAUGAUCCAAUUCCUCUAGAUCUUGAGAAAUUCGGCAUCACUGACGAUCUCAGACAGUUCGCACGAGGAUUUACGGUCACAACGUUUCAGAAUUUUCCUAUUCAUGAUGAUUCCGUAGUUUCUGAUGUGCCAACAUUAUCAAAUGUGAGGCAAGAUCUAACAGAUUGGCAGCAGAAACAUGCAUCUCUUGUUCUCACCACUGUCAAGGAAAUUUCGAGACUAAGAUAUGAAUUAUGCCCUCGUCAUAUGAAAGAUGGAAGAUUCUGGAGGAUAUAUUUCACCCUUGUGAGCAGUCAUGUGUCUCCGUACGAGAAGGAGUACAAUGAGGAGAUUCAAGCGAAGGAAGCCGAAGCUCAAAGAGUUGAGAAAAGUGAUACAAUUGAAGAGGGUGAUAAAUCUGGAGGAGGAACAGCUGUGAAUCAGAAAAGUUUAAGAUCAACUUCAUCCACAGCUGAUGAGGACUUGGAUUCAUUUCUUUUGGGUGAUAUUGAUGAUGCUGCAGAUGGUGAAGACAAUUUUGAGGACGACGACGAUGAUGAUGAUGAUGAUUUUGACAAGAUAGACAGUUUGGAUGCUGAGGAUGAUAGGAUAUAACGAGGUCUAUUUUCUGUUAUUAGUGAAUUCUAUAUGUUUUUUUCAUAUGAUAUUAUUACGUGUUAUUGGAUGUUCUUAUAGACAGUUGUUUUGUUAUGCUUUGUGUGAUAUUAUGUCAUUUACCUAUUCACUUUAAUGUAAAUAUAGGUAAGCAUGCUUUCUUUUUUA